AUUCAAUGCAAAUAAUUUAAUCGGAUUGGAGCCACGACUUUUUGUUUCGAACGAACCAUUGUUGAAAGUCGAAGUCCCGGAAUUCGAUAGUGUUAUUUGGAAUCACGUUAUUCACAAAAUUGAAAUAGUGUUUUUCAACUUUGUACUUUUAAAAUACGGCUUUCGAAAACCUGGGUAGAAGUUCUUUGGAACUACGAACGAGCUUGUGUCCUUGUGGCUUUUUUAAAAAAAGUCAUGUCGCACGUAUCGGGAAUGGAAUUUACUUGAGUCGUAUGUACAAUAUGCAAUGGAGACCUACCUGCAUUCCAUUGUCUGUUCAAACGUUCGCACAUGAUUGAGCUAUAAAUUUUUCAAGAUGGAGGUGAAGGACCGUACUUCUUCGCCAGAAGAAGGUCAUCGGAAUCCCUCAGAGAUGAAAAUGUGGCAGUCAUUUGUAGCAGGUGCUGGUGCAGGAUUGAUCAACGUCAGCAUUACUUAUCCUCUCCAGAAGCUAAUGUUUAGACAGAUGGUGCAUGGGGUAAUGCCUAGGAUGGCGUUUGCUCAGCUUAAGAAAGAAGGGGUUCGUAUAUUAUACCGAGGUGUUUUACCUCCACUACUGCAAAAGGGAAUAUCAAUGUCUAUCAUGUUUGGAGGGUAUGAAAGUUAUGGCCGGUUUUUUAUAUCAAAUUUUGAUAUAAAUCCUCAACUGGCUAAAAGUGCCGGUGCUGGGUUGAGCGGAAUCAGUGAAGCUAUUCUAACUCCAUUUGAAAGGGUGCAAGUAUUACUGCAGGAUCAAAAGUACAAUUCCAAGUUGACGAACACACGCCACGCUGUUACUCAUAUCUGGAAGAACUAUGGAAUCACAGAAUUUUACAGGGGAGCAUCCUUGAUUGUGGUUCGAAAUUCUGUUUCCAGUAUCUUCUUCUUUUUUGCAAAGGAGAAGGCUCAAAGUGCUCUCCCUAAACCCAAACAUAUGUGGAAUAAGUUAGCAACGGACUUUAUAUGUGGAGGAUUCAUCGGCGCCGCUCUUAGUACCUUUUACUAUCCACUGACUGUGAUCAAAACCCGGAUGCAAUGUCGAUUAGGAGGCCAAUUUGAAUCCCCGAAACGGGUCUUUGAGACAGUGCUAGUCGAACGAGGGAGGAAUAUUCGAGAACUGUUUCGAGGGGUUCAUCUCAAUUAUACGCGUCAAUUGUUAUCAUGGGGGAUCAUUAAUGCUGCGCAUGGCUUAUUAAUUAUGUUACUCGACAAAACAAACAAAACUUCGUAGCAUCCAGCUCAAUUGAAAAGAUUACGCAGCUAGUUGGACGAAGACGUAUAAUACAAUAUAGUCAUGAUAACCUGUGUAAGAUAAGUUUCGGCACUAAACUUUAACCUAGGCUAGGUGAAUGCUAGUCAUGUUACAGUUUGUAAACCUAAGAAAGUUCACAAACGUGGAGAACCUUAUGACCAACGCUGCAGUUGCAGACAGUCAGGGAAAUAAAUUAUAUUACAUAUUCAAAACCUA